AUGUUUGGGACCGCCGGCGACCUCGGCCGGCCACAAGGUGAAGUCCCAGCUCUUCCCAGUCAAAACAGCGAUAAUUAUAAUGACGCAUCCUCUCUGCCACAUCCCAGAGAUAAUCCACCAUCCACGAAUCGUCAACCACCCCAAAGACUGUCGCAGAUGACUGACAUCCUAACCGUCAAUGCCGAAUUUCAACAAUUGGAUAAACUGGACCUUAUUGAAAGAGAACAAAGAGAAAUGAGAAAACAUUGGAGGGAACGUUCUAAGAACUACAUAGAGGAGAAAAAAAUAUCAAAUAACGCUAUUCACUUAAAUAACUUUCUGGACUCGACAACUCCACCAGAUAGUCCACAAGCAGUCGAGCGACCCUUGGAAGAGCCAUCUACUUCUAGACAAAGUACUUCUAAAGAAUGUGGAAAAAAAUUUGUAAGAAAAAUCGAGAUAAAUAAGGCUGGACAUAAAAAAGGAGCGCCUGAUGGUGUAGGUGGAUGUUUAAAACGAAGUGCUGACAACCUUGUAGCACGAGGCAAAGAUUUACACAACUUAGAAAUAUUCCUGAUAGAGUUGCAGGAAAAGUAUUAUUGA